AUGGCCUCCUCCACCACGCCCGCCGAACAGGCGCCCCAGCAGCAGCAGGUCGCAAAGCCCCCCAAAGAGCUCUAUCCCAUGGUCAACUGGAAAUAUGACAUGUUUCUGUAUCUCAUGGGCAACCUGGCGGAUCUUUUCUUCCGUGAAGUUGUCCCCAGAGGGUCCUGGAAGGUGCCCCAAUCAGGCCCGGUGCUGUUUGUUGCUGCACCACACGCCAAUCAGUUUGUCGAUGCCCUCGUUUUGCAGAGGACGCUCCGCCAGGAGGCCGGCCGUCGAGUUUCGCUGCUGAUUGCACAAAAGUCGGUCCACGGCUUCAUCGGCUGGGCCUCCCGCCAGGUGGGCUCUGUUCCUGUCGGCCGAGCCCAAGAUGCCGCGACGGCCGGCUCGGGCUUCAUCUACAUGCCCGAUCCAAUCAACGAUCCGACUCUGAUUCGAGGCGUGGGAACGAAAUUCGGCCAGGGAGAGGGCGAAGUCCAGGGAAUGGUGUUCCUGCCGCCAGGCAAGGACACACCGGCGGUCAGCAUGAACAUUGAGACUAUUAUUGGUCCUGAGGAGAUCCGUAUCAAGCGCCCCUUCAAGGGAAAGCUGGCCAUGAAGCAGCUCACUGGAAGAAACGAUAUUGAUGAGCACGGCCACUUUACCAACCCCGAUGUCAAGGGUCCUGCUCCGGGCUUCCAGGGCACAAAGUACAAGCUGGCUCCCCAUACGGAUCAGACCAAGGUCUACGAGGCUGUAUUUGCUAGACUGCGCAACGGCGGCUGCGUGGGUAUCUUCCCCGAGGGUGGUAGCCACGACCGCACGGAGCUUCUGCCGCUCAAGGCUGGUGUCGCUAUUAUGGCUCUCGGAGCGCUGGCUGAGGCUCCUGACUGUGGCCUCAAGAUUGUGCCGGUUGGCAUGAACUACUUCCACGCCCACAAGUUCCGCUCAAGAGCCGUCGUGGAAUUUGGCACGCCCUUUGAAAUCCCAGCCCGCAUUGUCGAGCAGUACCGCAACAACCAGCGUCGUGAGGCCAUUGGCCAUGUCCUCGAUACCGUGCACCAGGCCCUCAGCGCCGUCACCGUCUCCGCCCCCGAUUACGAUACCCUCAUGGUCAUCCAGGCUGCCCGACGCCUCUACAACCCUACCGGAAAGAAGCUGCCGCUGCCCGUCGUGGUGGAGCUUAACCGCCGCCUGGCCAUGGGCUGGGAAAAGUUCAAGGACGACAACCGUAUCAAGUCGUUGACCAAGACGGUCAAGGAAUACAACUCGCAGCUGCGCUACCUCAACUUGAAGGACCACCAGGUGCAGUACGGCAAGAUGAACAUCUUCAAGGUUCUGUUCCUCUUCAUCUACCGAUCCCUCAAGCUGGCGGUGCUCUUCUUCUGCACUGUCCCUGGUCUUAUCCUCUUCUCCCCCGUGUUUGUCGCCACUCGCAUCAUUAGUCGUGAAAAGGCAAAGACUGCUCUGGCCGGCUCGACUGUCAAGAUCCGCGGCCGCGAUGUCAUGGCCACCUGGAAGAUUCUUGUUGCUCUUGGGCUGGCCCCGACGCUGUACCAUGUCUACUCUAGCUUGAUUGUCCUCAAGGUUUGGCACGACCGCAUGUGGGGUACCGUCCCCGAAUGGAUCCCCCUUUGGCUCGUCUACAUUCUUGUCUGGCCGUCGAUUAUUGGUGUAACCUUUGCCGCGCUUCGUUUUGGUGAAGUAGGCAUGGACAUCUUCAAGUCUCUGCGCCCCCUUGUUCUCUGUCUAUUGCCGUCGUCUGGCUACAACAUCCACAAGCUGCGACUGCGCCGUGAGGAGCUGAGUGCCGAAGUGACGGAGACGAUUAAUGAGCUUGGUCCCGACAUGUUUGAAGACUUUGACAAGGCCCGUCUUGUCCCUGAUGCCUCCAAGGUCGAGACUGGCGGUACCGAUAGUAGCAGCCGCCGUCGUGACAGCGAAGCGUCGAGCGUCGACCUGGACGUUCCCCCUGGCCUGUCAUCCCGCGCCCUGCCACGCCACGACUCGUUUAGCAACAUUGGUUCCGUCGGCAUCUUCUCUACACGCCCACCCUCCAGAAAUCGCAGCAGAUCCCGCUCGAGCAGUGCAGGCGGUGGCUUGGGAUCCAGUGGCUUCCCCAUCAGCGGCUUUACCACGCUAGAUUCUGCAGGCGGCUUCAACGAGGCUAGCCGCAAGAUCCGCGAGGCUAUGAAAGAUCGCCGCCGCAAGUCCGACAAGGUUAAGAUGGAGGCGGGCGACGACAGCGACGACAGCGAAGACGAGGCCGAGUACAGUGCCGCCCGCAAGAAGAAUAUCUAA